ACAGUAGGCUGCAGUUGUUUCACAUAAUCUAUGAACCAAGAAAAACAAAGCCCUUUGAGCGCCAGAGAAAUUAGAGGAGAUUCUUGAAUGCAAAAUGGCCUCGGAGAGCCAAGACAAUGUUAAGGGGUUGACGAAGGUAUGGGGUUGGGUAAAGGGCUGUUUUGGGAAGAUUGUGAAUGUGGUAACUGGGGUUGCUAAGGAUGCCAAGAAACUGGGAGAGGAAGAUCCGAGGAGAGUUGUCCACUCCUUCAAAGUGGGCUUAGCUAUCACGUUGGUGUCUUUGUUCUACUACUUUGAUUUCUUUUACGAAGGUUUUGGUGUUAAUGCAAUGUGGGCUGUUAUGACUGUUGUUGUAGUUUUCGAGUUUUCUGUGGGUGCAACUCUUGGGAAAGGGGUAAACCGAGCGAUUGCAACAUUGUUGGGAGGGGCAUUAGGCGUUGGAGCACACAGAUUAGCAAGUUUUACAGGGGAAAAGAUAGAAUGUAUUAUACUGGGGAUGUCUGUUUUCUUGAUAGCUGCUGUGGCGACAUUCGUUCGAUUUUUUCCUAAGUUGAAGGCCAGAUAUGAUUAUGGGCUUCUUAUAUUCAUCCUUACAUUCUCUCUGAUAUCGGUGUCUGGCUAUCGGGACGAUGAGGUUUUGGACAUGGCACAUAGGAGACUGUCCACAAUCCUCAUAGGAGGAUCUGCCACAGUUUUCAUUAGCAUAUUCAUAUGCCCAAUCUGGGCUGGUGAAGAUCUUCACAAAAUCACUGCUGCUAACAUUGAAAAGCUUGGGACUUUCUUGGAAGGUUUUGGACGCGAAUACUUCCGUGUAGAGAAUGAUAAGAAUCAAGAGAACAGAACAUCGCUUGAUGAAUACAAAAGUGUUCUUAAUUCCAAAGGGAGUGAAGACUCCUUGGUGAAUUUUGCAAAAUGGGAGCCUAGACAUGGUAAAUUUAGAUAUCGGCAGCCUUGGGACCAAUACCUCAAGAUUGGCUCCCUCACAAGGGAAUGUGCAUACAAGAUUGAUGCACUGAAUGGCUACCUUACAUCAGAUGUGCAGACACCAAUAGAAAUCCGAUCCAAGAUUCAAGAAUCGUGCACGAAAAUGAGCUCAGAAUGUAGUGUGGCAUUAAGAGAACUCGCUGUCGGGAUCAAGACUAUGACUUGCUCAUUGUCCGCUGAUCCUCAUCUCCUGAAUGCAAAAACUGCCGCCAAGAGACUGAAAUCCUCGCUGAAGACGAACCUGUGGGCUGAUACGGAUCUUCUUGAAAUAGUCCCUGCAGUUACCGUUGCUUCACUGCUGAUCGAAAUAGUUUCUUGCACUGUGAAGAUCGCGGAUGCUGUCCACGAACUAGCCUCCUUGUCCAAAUUCAAGAUUCCUGAUCCACAGAUGAUAAAACAAAUAAGCCUGGAGAAAACGCCUAAAACGCCUAGAACUCCUAGCAUUGAAGCAUCCCAUAAUUUUAACAUAAUAGUCGAGUGAAUCGCUCCAUAGUACAGGAUAAGUAAUGCAUACAGACAAUUUUCAGCACUCAGGCUGUCUGUAACAUGGGAACUCCCUCGAUUCCCAGGGGUUUCGGGUUUUUUGUCUUGUACGUUGUCUUUGUUGUAUAAAACUAUACAUUAUCAGUAUUACUAAUAACAAUCCUAGCACACACAUUUAGUUGAAAA